GCAUUCACUGUUCAUGCAAUCAAUUAUCGCGUGACCCCCAUUGUUUGUAUUGGAGUUUAUAUUAAGAACUUAAUUAUAACACAUUAUCGAUUAUAAGAAGCCUAUAAUAGUAAAUUAUAACGACACGUGGAACCAAAUGUGCGGCACCUCGCCACCGAUCAACACAAUGGCAACCCUGUACAGACUACUAUUUUGUAGUUUCAUCGCUUCUGUGGUUUAUUCACGCGGUGGUGGACGUCCAAAGAACGAGUACAACUAUUCGCUUGAAGACUUGAACCCUUUCCUGUUGUGGCCGAUUUGUUCGUCUUCACACAACACUGAUCCAAAUGCUGAUGUCAACACAACGCUGGUCCAGUAUGGCGUCCAAAUGAUCAGUCCUGGUCCGUACCAAGGGCUGUCUGCCUUGGAAUUCCAUGCUCUUCCGACCGCAAAGGUGCAGAUUACUAAUUAUGGCACGCUUGACGGUGACAAUGGAAUGUGCUGGCUAUUGUACCUUAAUCCCACCUCCGCCCACAACGCCACUGUGUUACAGUAUCAAGGGGACUCGACAAACCGAGGUCUGGAGCUUCGAUAUACAGACACACAAUCACUGAUUAUCAGAGUUUACACCGGUGUUACGUAUCAGGAGUUUGGCGAUGCUGCAAUCAGCGUGCCGCCAGGAAGCUGGACAUUUGUCGGGGUCUGCCACAACAUUCUUUGGGUUGAUGAAGAACUCGAUAUUCUAAUAUAUGACAGCAAUGGCGUAAGCGUUGUCAACACAUUUAACGCACCAUUUCCAAAUGCUCAUGGCGACGUUACAUUCGGGUUAGGACUUGAUGGGUCUGCGUUCAAUGGUACAAUGUCCUGUAUACAUUACUAUCAGACGUCUCUCUCAGGAAAAGCACUGGAUACAGCCUUUGAUUUCUGCGAUCCAAAUCAGUGGACAUCGGCAUACCAAGGAGAUCUUACUGCGGAUGCUGCGUUUCUUUUCGUACCUACUACAACAGUUCAGUCUACGUUACCGGUUAGUGGUGUCUGUAGAACAUUCACCAAAGCAGACAACAUGGCGAUAGCAAUCCCCAUAGAGCAGCACGUCGUGUCGGACAAGGCGGAGUGUGUUUUACAUUGUAACAGGCGACCAUGGUGCUCACAAUUUGCUGUCCAAUCAGAGGCGGGGGGUGGCAUCGUGUGCACUCUAGGGACGGUUUCGUCGAAUACCGGGAGUUAUACCAGAUCCGUUCUCUACAGUCUGUUAUGACAGUGCUAUUUAUCCCAUAACUACGCUUGUUCCACAACUGAUAUGGCACGUGAUAAAAUAUGUAGCAGCGUGUUAUUGUUUUUUUUUUACACACCGCGGUGUGUUACCACUUUCUAAUUUAGCCUCCAAUUGAUCCUGUGUGACCCCCAACAAAUCUGAUUCGCUGAUUAAAUAACUUCUGGCCUUUGACCUUGCACUAUUUUGACUACUCUCACUUAUUCUUUUUGUCGUCUCACUGUCUGUCUUCAAAAGAUCAACGUUUUGUGGAUUUGCCGGUGGUCAACAUUAGCAUAACUGGGUGAUAGGGGUGUCCUUAUGGAAAUGUCGAUUAAUCUGGGGUUCGAGUUGUACGCAAUUUACAAUUUGAUGAUGGUAAAAUAGACGACGCACAGAAGCGAGAUAUUGCAUCGAUUAUAGCGAACCAAAACUGACACCCCACUUCCCCCUUGAUUCUCGAUAUGCAGUGAGUGGACCCCGAUAGCCGUGAAUGAAUUAUCAAAACAACGAACAAAUGUAAUACAAAAUGUUACAUCGCUAUCCCUAAUCGUAGUCAUUUGAAUGAAACGGCCGCGGCAUCUAUCGUAUGCCUAAGCCUAGACCUUCUCUUUCCUUGUAGAGUGAGGGUAUGUAAUUUCGCACACUUUCGGUAUGUAUCUAAAUACAGUUCCAUCAAAUUAAUUUUAAAUCGAGAAAAAUGCUUCGUAGCAUACAAGUGUGCAACCUGAUAUGCGCACACGUAUCACUGCGCAUGGGAGCUGUUGUUAACUUGUGUUUAUUGCUGGGUUUGAAGACCUAUCCUACUUCUUUAGUUUUGUUGGUAAAAAUAGUUUUCAGCCAUUUUGUAGACAAACAACAUCCUAAACAAAGAUUAAGCCUAAUUUCAUGAUUAAAAUAAUCUUUAAAAAUAAAAUAAUGUAAAAUUCGAAAGUGUCAAUUUACUGCCAUCUGCUUUGAAAAAAUGACCGCUCCCUACGGAGGAAUUGUAAACAAGGUGGCGAAAAUGACGGGGUGUCUGCAGGUCAACGCUAUUAUUUGUUAUACUUUAUUGGGUUUGUAUUC